ACAAUUCAGAGUAAUCAGCCGAGCCCCCCUCUCUAUCUACCCCACACUCCCUCCUUAUUUCUAGCUUCAACAUCCACGCAUUGAUUAAGAAAUAACACGAACCAUUGUCUCCUCACGGUUCCACUAUUUUCCCCUACCAAUUUCAAAAUCUUCUCUCAUGUCCAUCUCCAUCUCCCCUUUCACCCUGUUCUUGUCUCCAAGCUCCUCCAUUUCUUUGUUUCCUGCUCUUGUUAGGUGGGGCUGUUCACCUUCCCUUUGUCAGGAUUCUCUUUGCUAGUCCCUCUUAGUCCAACGAGGCUGACAAAAAUAAAGAUAUGAAAUACAAAGUAAACAAAUAAAUCACCCUACAUAACCACUAGAUAGAAGCAAACUUAUGCCAAAAUCUAGUGUCUCUUCUUUUUAUCUUUACCUCUUUCUCUCCUUAGUCCAUACUGAUCUUUCCUUGUUCUUUAGCUUUUCUUUCCCAGAUGAAGACAAUAAUGGCCAAGACUCCACAUGACUCUUCUUUCUCUUUCUCCAGGAGACACUUCAACUGGAGAAAGAAAGUUGUUGAGGAUGAAGAAGAUGAUGAGGAAAUCUUAACUUUCAACUCCUCCUCGCAUUGUGAGGAGUUGGAAAAUGACCAGGAGCUUAGAAUCACAAUGCCUGCUGCAGGUACAACUCAAUCAGUACUGAGGAAAAAAACACUUCCGAUUUUGGCAUUUUCUAAGCUCCGAUCAGCUCUUACUGUUUUCAGUAAGAGCCGGUCAGCCUAUCACUCAGGUUUAGGCACCAGAGUUGUAGGUACCCUUUUCGGGUAUCGUCGUGGACAUGUUCAUUUUGCGUUUCAAGAAGAUGCAAAACAGAAUCCAGCUCUCUUGAUUGAGCUAGCAACACCAACAAGUGUACUGGUCCGAGAAAUGGCUUCUGGGUUGGUUAGGAUUGCAUUAGAAUGCGAAAAGAAGGCGGGGAAGAAAGCAGGAAAGUUGCUAGAGGAGCCUUUAUGGAGGACUUACUGUAACGGUAAGAAAUGUGGGUAUGCAUCGAGACGUGAAUGUAGGCCUGAAGAUUGGAAGGUUUUGAAGGCCGUGGAGCCAGUUUCAAUGGGAGCUGGUGUUUUACCAGGGAAUGGAGCAGCAGGGUCCGAAAUAGGGGAGCUCAUGUACAUGAGAGCCAGGUUUGAGAGAGUUGUGGGGUCAAAAGACUCGGAGGCAUUUUACAUGAUGAAUCCUGAUGGGUCUGGAGGUCCUGAACUUAGUAUUUAUUUGCUUAGAGUUUAAUUAGGCUGUGCCUGUGGAUCUUAUUGGUAGUAUCAGCAUCGACUUGGUAUCCUUAAGCUCUCUGUUGUUUUAGUUUAUCAAGUCGGUGAAAAAAAAUACGGAGGGUUUCCGCUCCUUGCGUUUUUUUUCUCAUUUUCUACAUUUUGGGAAGGGGAAAUGUUACACAUGUAUCAUGCUUUAGAGAUCCUAAGCGAUGAGAGCAGAGCGGUGGUAUGGUAGGUGUUGCUGGGUAUAUCCAUGUAUAGAUUUUUCUCUUUUUGAACUCUUUUUUUUUUUGUUUUUAUGGUGGAAACAAGAUGCAAAUGAAGGUUGUGGUUUUUCCUUUUCGAA